AUGUCGACUCAUCAGCAAGAGCCAUGCGUUCAGCUCACUUCGAUGCCACAAUUGGCUGAGGCGCUAAGCCUAGAAGAUGACUGGACCGGGACAACAGAUUCUGCAGCAAGAAGGAGGGCGCAGACGAGGCUUAACAUGAGAGCAUAUCGGAAGCGGAAAGCUCAAGAAAAGAAGGCCAAGGGGCCAAAGGCUGAAAUGGAGACAAUCAAAUUUGAGCCGGUAGUUGAAUGUUGGGAUAUUAGCCAGCAAUCAAUGUCAGUCGUCCCAGCAUCCCAGGCCAAGAGUAUAUACAACGCCAGACAGCCCCUACUAGCGUACAGAACCAAGAAGAAUCAGUCGAACUCCUUCCCUCUGAGUUCAGACCAUCUCAUCACUCUUCUCCAAUAUAACGCCCUCCGCGCCUUGGCCGUCAACAGAACUUUCAUCUCCGGCAUACUAAGCACGCCUCUCGACUGCGGCGACGAAGACAUCAUCCACGUAGUCCCCUACCCAAGCAACCCAGCUUCCCUCCCUUCAGCACUUCUCCCCACAGUUCUCCAACAAACAGUGAUGCACUGUGAUUGGAUUGAUAUGUUUCCCUCCCCAGAGGCACGGGAUUGUUUGAUUCGAGCUUAUGGGACUUUCGAUGAGGAUGAUUUAUGGGCUGAUUGCAUUGGUGGUUUGUACGAGGGCUUUCCGGAUGAUGAGAUGGAAAGACGCGGUUUGAUUGCUUGGUCACCGCCGUGGGAUGUAUCAGGCUGGGAAAUGUCAGAGGGAUUCGUUAAGAAAUGGGGUUGGUUAUUCAAAGACUUGUCUGGACCGUUGGAGGCGACAAACCGGUGGAGGGUUGAGAGAGGCGAGGACCCUCUUGACCAUAAAGAUUAUCCACCAAGUCCUGUUGUGCCUGGUUUUGUUAUAUCAGAAGUUUAG